AUGGUGGUGCUUACCAAGGACCCCUACUUGGCCUCGCGGUUCAAGGAGAAGUUCACCCGCGACCAGUGGCCGCUCAACGCGGACGAGCUGAGGGUGGAGAGCGAGGCCAAGGAGGUGCAGCGCGAGCGCGUGUGCGCGCGGUGCGCCAAGGUCUACACGGAGAGGGACAACCACCCGGACAGCUGCCGCCAGCACCAGCGGUCGCUGCUGUGCCGCCUCAAGGUUGGUCUGCCGCCGACCACUCCGGGCGCGCAGCAGGCCGAGGAGCUCGUGGAGCUCAAAUCGAAGGAGGAGUAUCUCAAGCGCAUUGCGAGCAGCCGGGAGGAAGUGAUGCGCCUGAUCGACGCGCGCUGGAUGUGCUGUGGGCGCGGACCCUUUGACGACGGCGAGAGUAUGUGCCCCCACAUGGAGGCCGACCCUGCCGACCCAGACUUGUGA